UCAUCAGGUGCUGAGUCAUCUCACCUGAUCUGAAACUCCUGAUCCACUGAUCUGUCAUGAUGACGAACACAGACUCUGUCCGGAUCCGGGUCUUCUCUCUGAACUGCUGGGGGAUCCGUUACAGCAGCAAACACUGUUCUCAGCGCUACGCCAUGAUCGGAGACCUGCUGUGUAAGGAAGAGCACGAUAUUGUCUUACUGCAAGAGGUGUGGAGUGAGAAAGAUUACCUGUUCCUGAAAAAGAAACUUGCCUGUAGCCAUGCUCACUCUCAUUACUUCAAAAGUGGAGUCAUAGGAAGUGGACUGGCCGUUUUCUCCAAACACAGAAUCCACGACACUUUUAUUUAUCGCUACUCACUGAAUGGUUAUCCAUACAUGGCUCACCAUGGAGACUGGUUCGGAGGUAAAGCCGUCGGGAUGGCCGUCUUAGGCAUCGGCAAACUGACUGCAAAUGUCUACGUGACUCAUCUGCAUGCGGAGUACUGCAGAGAGAAGGACUCUUAUCUACCUCACAGAGUGGUCCAGGCCUGGGAGCUGCAGCAGUUUGUUCGACACACCUCUGCUGGAGCAGAUAUGGUUAUUUUAGGCGGCGACCUCAACCUGCACCCUCAGGACCUCGGGAACAGACUGCUGAUCUCUUACACUGGGCUCCGAGACUCUUAUUUAGAGACAGAUACAUUUGAUGGAUGUGAAGAUGGUAUGACUCUUAUAGCCGACAACCCUUUCACCAAUAAGAAGGACCUUGUUCCCUUUGAGAAAGGAAUCCGAAUCGACUACAUCUUGUUCAAAGGUUCUUCUAAAACAGACGUUUUCUGCGACUCCAUGUCCACCACCAAAGGCUCCGUCGCCGACCAUCCUUUCCCGUACUCCGAUCACGAGGCUCUGACCGCUGAACUGAGGCUGGAGUCACACACUUCACCUGAGACGGGAAGAGACAAGAAAUCAAAAGAUCAGGACUCUGCUGCAGGGAAGUUGGCCGAGCUGGUUGACAUCGUGACAGAGGCCCGUACUGAAGUCAAAGUCGGCCUGCACUGCGCAGAGAGGAUGCGCUACACGGCGAAGCGCACCGGUGUCAUGGGGCUGGCUCUGCUGCUCCUGGAGCUGGCCAUCGCUGCCGUGCCCUGGUUGGCUCUGGGAGCUGAGCAGCCUUUCCCUUCUACAUCGUUCUACCUGCUGGCCGGGCUCUGCUUCGCCAUCCUGCUGACCACCUCUACGCUGUACAUCUUCUACACCAUGGAGCUGAAGUCUCUCCAGGGGGCUGAGGACCAGAUGAGACUGGCUGUAGGAAGUCUGCAGGAGAGUCUCCGGGGCUUUCCUUUGGCUCAGGUCCACAACGCCCAGCGGAAGCCUCCAGGAGGUCUCAAUGCCUGUGACCCAGAGGAAUAAUGGCAGCGCUAGCUGGGUCAAAACGGGCUCCGUGUAAUGAAGCCGUUGAAAUUAGCUUUAAGAUGGAUGUUUGAGGAAGUUGUCACUCCUCUGAAUGUGUUUUUAUGCCCUAGAAUUUUAGAUUUGUACUGCAGAAUGAAGGAGUUGAGCUAUGAUCGAAGAACGUUUCUGAUAGUCGUGCCGUACACAAUCAUGCUUUGGCAUUUUUAUACUUUUUCUACAUAUGUAAACAUACAUAUUCGUCUUCAGAGUUCCCUCUAUGCUGCUCCACAAGUGAUCUUCCUAUUAGACAGUGAGACAUGUCUGUGCGUACACCUCAUAACUCUGACCUACUCUAUUUUUAAAGCCUCAGGUCCAAUUUGCAUUCCACCCUCCAGUUGUAUCAUUGGGACCAGUUGUUUCUGUUUUGAUUUCAUGCUUCCCUUUUGUGAUUUUAGAGAGUCCACCGCACAAUCGUAGAGGGUCCAGACUGUCGGCAGAUUUACUCACAGAGGUGAAGCACACGAGACACAGACACUCCGAAGGGUUUUAGGUUUACAUUCAGAUCCGUUACAUGUUUUUUCCUCUGCACACCAGAUCAGUGAGAAGUAAAACUAUAUAUAACAAACAUAAUAACAAAAUAUAUAUAUAUAUAUAUCUAUAUAUAUCUUAGUUCUCAUGUUCAGUCACUUACACACCAAAGUAAAGCAGUAGGAAUGUGCUGAAGAUGUUCUGCUUUAUAUGCUCUUAACUUUCACUUAAUUCAAUAGCAUGGAUUUACUUUACAAAGCAUCUUGUGCUGCAGGAAUUUAAAAAACCACUAAAUAUAUCUUAAAUGUGCACUUUGUUGACUAUCCUGACUUCCGUUAAUGUUUUCUAGGAGACGACUUAAAGUACAUAUCGUUGUAAAACAGUGUUAUUCCUCAGCUGGAGCAAAACGAGGACUGAUUAAUUUAAAAUACAUUUUUAAUUAUAACCUUAAUGUUAGAAAAAGACUUAAAUUUUAUUAUAAUUAUAAUUUCAGAUGAUUCCUGAUGUUCAUUCCAAUUGAAAAUUGUAAUGGGCAUGAUAAUGAAGCAAUAAUAAAGAUAUUUACAUACUCAUG